AUGCGAUGGCCGCCAUGGAGUUCCGAUUCAACAACUGAUCAGAAAUCGCAGUCCAGCUCUUCAAGCUCCUCUGCCGGCCCCGCGCCCACCCUAAAUAAACAAAGCUCUUCCCUCGACUGGGCGGCCUUCACAGAAACCAGGACCCUUGUCCCGACCCUCUUCCUGACAAGCAGCAUUCUGCUUGCAGUGCGCGUCCACCGCCGCUACUUGCGUCGCAUCCCCGAUGCCCCCAGCAUCUCGCCUUCGCACCUCCGACACCGGUCUCUCUUCGGGCGGGUCACCAGCGUCGGUGAUGGAGACAACUUCCGGAUCUUUCACACCCCCGGUGGACGGCUCGCUGGAUGGGGCUGGUUGCCAUGGAAGAAAGUUCCCACCACGAAGAAAGAGCUGAAAGAUAAUACCGUUCACGCCCCCGAACUCGCACACUUCGGCCGCCCCGAACAGCCCUUUGCCCGCGACGCCCACGCCUGGCUAACUUCCUACCUCGGCCGUCGCCGCGUCCGUGCAUUCAUCCACCGUCAGGACCAGUACCACCGUGUCGUGGCCAGUGUGAUGGUUCGGCGCGCACUAGACUUCCCACCGUUUCGUCGCAGAGAUGUUUCGUACGAGAUGCUGAAGCGUGGCCUCGCGACGGUGUAUGAAGCCAAGGUGGGCGCAGAAUUCGGCGGUACAGACAUGGAGCAGAAGUAUCGUCGCGCCGAAUGGUGGGCCAAGGCACGGUCAAAGGGAUUGUGGAAGGAUUAUCGGCGUGUUGGGUCCGAUUGGGAGAGUCCACGCGACUAUAAAAACCGCAUGGGCAUGGGUGAUUCAUCCGACAACCAUGCCAAAUCCAAGUCAUGA